UCGAUUUGCCACUGUUAUUGCAAUUUGAAAGCCAAUCUUCAAGAGGUUUAUCGUCUCGACGCCACUUAACACUCGGUUCUCUGCCUAUACCAUACGAUCCCCGGCAAAAGAUGCGCUUAAUAAUCUUGGACGACGCGAGCACGGUGGCGGACUGGGCGGCGCAGUUCGUGCUGCAGCGGAUCACUCAGUUCGCUCCGGGGCCCGGACGCCACUUCGUGCUGGGACUGCCCACGGGCGGCACCCCGCUCGGGAUGUACCGCAAGCUGGUCCAGUUCCACAAGGAGGGCCGGCUCUCAUUUAAAUACGUCACUACAUUCAACAUGGACGAGUACGUAGGGCUGCCGCGUGAGCACCCCGAGUCAUACCACUACUACAUGUGGAACGAGUUCUUCAAGCACGUGGACAUCGACCCCAAUAACUCGCACGUGCUGGACGGAAACGCUCCCGAUCUGGUGGCUGAGUGCCACCGCUUUGAAGACCUCAUACAGAAGGCCGGCGGGGUGCACCUGUUCAUUGGAGGCAUCGGUCCGGACGGACACAUCGCAUUCAACGAGCCGGGCUCGUCGCUGGUGUCGCGCACGCGCGUCAAGACGCUAGCAUACGACACGCUGGAUGCCAACAAGCGAUUCUUUGGGAACGACAUGAGCAAGGUCCCGCGGCAGGCGCUUACAGUCGGCGUGGGCACCGUCAUGGACGCCAAGGAGGUGAUGAUCCUGAUAACGGGCGUGCACAAGUCGCUGGCGCUGGCGAAGGCCGUGGAGGAGGGCGUCAACCACAUGUGGACCGUGUCCGCGUUCCAGCAGCACCCGCAGGCGUUGUUCGUGUGCGACGAGGACGCCACCCUCGAGCUGCGCGUCAAGACCGUCAAGUACUUCAAGGCGCUGAGCGAGGAGCACCAGAAGAUGAUCGCCGACCGGCCCGUCCACGAGCAGCGCCUCGUGCACUGACCCCCCCGCGGUGCUCCCCGGACAGUCUAAUGGUGGAGCACAACAAGCUGAUCGAGAUCAAACGAUGAUUUCUACAUUCCAUAAUAACGUUUAAGGACAAUUGUUGAGUUUUAACUAUGUAUUAUUAAGUAAAUAUAUAAAAAUAAUGGCGAAAUAUUGUAUAUUAUGGAAGUAACAUUAAUUUUUUACAAUGAAA